GGUCAAGACAUCGGAUGGAAUGUCACAACCGUCGCUUCGCCAGUACGACGUGAGGUCUCAUGGUGUGUCUCAUUCCCGGUGUAACCAUGCUGGCAGGCAUGAUAGGCAGAAUUUGCCAAACUCGAAAACCGCCGUUCACGAAGAUACACUUCAGACUGACCGCAGUGGUCGAAAGCUUUUGCGAUUAAGUACUACAACGAUAGGGGCGGCUAAUAGAACCAGCCUAUCAUAUCCAACUGAAGAAUUAACUAGCAUAGCUGGGAUAGGUGGAAGGCGACUUCCUUGUCAUGGAUUAUGUUCAGAACGACCUAGUUCACACAAAGCAAAUGAUCGGCAAAAGAAGGAUAUGCACAAUAAAGUUGAACAGAGAAGAAGAACCAACAUAAAUGACAGAAUAACUGAACUUAGAACACUUCUUCCAGAAAACAUCGGUCGAACAUCAAGCCAAAAGAAAGGCUUAAUCUUGAAAGAAUCUGUUGACUACAUAAAGAAGUUGAAAUCGGACCUUUGUCGUCUAAAUCAUUUAGAAGAUCAAAUGAAAGAAACUAAUAUCGAAGUGCAGAAAUUGGGUUUUAAAGUAAAGCACCUGGAGUUGGCUGUUUCGCCCAACAUUGCAGACAACGGGGGAACGUAUCAAGUACAAAAUAACACAAAGGCUCAUGAGUCAAUCUUGAACAGUCGCUCAACAUUGGCACCAGUCACCGGGACAAAGAGAGAUAAUUCUAACUCGAAUUCGCUGGAAUUCCGUUCAGAUGUAUUUACAGCGUUAUCACAAACCUUGCAAUCAGAUGGGAUUUGCGUUGACUCAGAAAUAUCUGCACCUAGUAGCUCCGCGGAAGAUAUCGACGACUUUGAUUGUUACUUAUGAACAAAUAGAACAGAUGGACUCAUGCUUUCUUUCGCGUAUUAUAUAUCAAGACGUCACAAUCAUUGUGCAGCUUUAACAACAAAAUUGAGUGUAGACUGGUGAUAUUUACAAUUUAUUUUUUAUAACAUGUGUUGAAAUAUAGGGGUUUCAUUAAUCUAUUUACUUAUAUCAGUAUAUAAAAAGUACAUCACUUCCUUCGACCAACAAUUAUUGAAGAAACACAAACGUAAUUUCUUAGUAUUAUUUGUCCUGUAAUCACAGUUAAAUUAUCAUAAAAGGUAGUUAAAUUGCUUAACAAGUGUUUGCUUUAAAAAGAAUAUGUGAAAACGUAUUGUGUUAUUGUUUUGUU